GUGUAACUAACAGAUUAUACAGGGCAGCCCACCUGCCCCCCAGCGUCUAGCCCAGCCGUAGACUAGAUGACGGAGCUUUCCAACCGCUCCAUGUCCCAAGUGUUAAAGCACCUGCAGCUUGCUCACCUCCUCCACACGUCGUCACCACGAACCCUCCCCAUUUCUGGCUGCCUAGCUAUGUUCCAAAACAUCAUGCGCCACGCCUCCAAGACCGCACAUCUCGUCGUACCUCUGCCCUUCUAAGGGUUCUGUCAAUGAAAACAUGGCCGGCGGAACUGGAGGACGAUUCCAGGUCAGCGCGACAAUUGUCGCGGGUGUUUGCUCACUGGCAGCCACCUUGCUCUCCAUCGUCUCUGUAUGGCUUCAACUCAAAAACUACCGAAAGCCCCUGCUCCAGCGAUAUGUCGUGCGCAUCCUGUUGAUGGUGCCCAUCUACUCCAUAUCAUCAUGGGUUAGCAUGAUAUCCUUGACUGCCGCCCAGUUUCUCGACCCCAUAAGAGAUGUAUACGAGGCCUUCACCAUCUACACCUUCUUUCAACUCCUCAUCAACUAUCUCCACGGCGAGCGAGCACUCAUUAUCAUGACACACGGCCGAGCUCCUGUAGACCACCUCUGGCCGCUGAACCACGUCCUACCAAAAGUCGACAUUUCCGAUCCCUACACAUUCCUUGCCAUCAAACGCGGCAUCUUGCAGUAUGCUUGGUUGAAGCCCGUACUGGGUCUAGCGGCUAUCAUCAUGAAAGCUACUGGCGUCUACCAGGAGGGAUACAUCGGUGCCUCCUCGGGCUACCUUUGGAGCGGCAUCAUAUACAACAUCAGCGUCACUGUCAGUCUUUACUCGCUUGGACUGUUCUGGGUUUGCAUGCACCAUGAUCUGUUGCCGUUUCGCCCAGUCCCCAAGUUCUUGUGCAUCAAGCUCAUCAUCUUUGCUUCAUACUGGCAAGGCUUCUUCCUGUCCAUUCUUGUCUGGCUUGGCGCGAUACCGGACACCGUUGAGGGCUACUCAUCAGACAACUUGGCAGCUGCCAUACAGGACGCCUUGAUUUGCUGUGAAAUGCCCAUCUUUGCAGUCGCGCAUUGGUAUGCCUUUUCCGCCCGUGACUUCACCGACAACACGAUAUCGGCCGCAAGAAUGCCCGUCAAGUAUGCGGCACGUGACGCCUUCGGUAUUGUCGACCUGAUCGAGGAUACGAAAGAGACUUUCCAGGGUGACAAGUACAACUAUCGUGUCUUUGACUCCAGCGGAAAAGUCAUUGCCCACGAGGAUUCGAGCUCCCGCUUUGCAAGAAUGGAGCAGGGCAUGCGUUAUAAGCGUGGAGGCGAAGCGAAGUACUGGAUACCACGACCAGAGGAAGUUCGUGGAGAAGUGACUGCAAAUACACCAUUACUAAACUCUAACGGGGGUCCCAGCGGUUCCCAACCAAAGUUCAGCGCUGGCAAUACGGACGAAACAGACAUCGAUGCCAAGGAUGAGGAUCUUUUCAACAAGGCGCGAGAACUAGAAUUUGGUGACUGGAAUGUUAGUCUGCUCAUUCCUUCAGAAACAAGCACAUGUCACUAACCAUACCACAGUAUCCCGUCGUCACGGCAAACAU